GGGAACUUCCGCCCGCGCGCAAGAUGGCGGCGCGGCGGCGCAGUGCGCAUGUGCGGGGCCCAUGGCGAGACAAGGGGCCGAAGGCGCGCAGGGCCCGAGGCCGAGAGGGCUCUGAAGGCCGUCAGGCUCCUCCGCUCCCGCCCCGCUGAUGCCCGAGGGAGCCGAGCCAUGAAGGGGCAGCAAAAAGCAGCAGAGACGGAGGAGGGGACGGUGCAGAUCCAGGAAGGCUCGGUGGCCACGGGCGAGGACCCCACCUCCGUGGCCAUCGCCAGCAUCCAAUCGGCCGCCACCUUCCCCGACCCCGGCGUCAAGUAUGUGUUCAGGACCGAGGGCGGCGGCACGCAGGUGAUGUACCGGGUGAUCCAGGUGGCUGACGGGCAGCUGGACGCGCAGACCGAGGGCACCAGCGCCAUCAGCGGCUACCCGGCCACGCAGUCCAUGACACAGGCGGUGAUCCAGGGCGCGUUCACCAGCGAGGACGCCGUGGACACGGAGGCGGCUCCCACCGAGACCCACUACACCUAUUUCCCGGCCGCGGGCGUGGCCGAUGGCGCCGCCGCCACCGCGGCCACCGCGGCCACCGCCGUGGUCACCACCCAGAGCUCCGAGGCGCUGCUGGGCCAGCCCACGCCCACAGGGCAGUUUUUCGUGAUGAUGUCACCCCAGGAGGUGCUCCCGGGGGGGGCCCAGCGCUCCAUCGCCCCCCGAGCCCACCCCUACUCCCCGAAGUCGGAGGCUCCCCGAGCCACGCGGGACGAGAAGCGCCGGGCACAGCACAACGAAGUGGAGCGCCGGCGCCGGGACAAGAUCAACAACUGGAUCGUGCAGCUGUCCAAGAUCAUCCCCGACUGCUCCAUGGAAAACACCAAAUCUGGACAGAGCAAGGGCGGGAUCCUGUCCAAGGCCUGCGACUACAUCCAGGAGCUGCGGCAGAGCAACCUGCGGCUGAGCGAGGAGCUGCAGGGGCUGGACCAGCUGCAGAUGGACAACGAGGUCCUGCGCCAGCAGGUGGAGGAGCUGAAGAACAAGAACCUGCUGCUGCGGGCGCAGCUGCGCCAGCACGGGCUGGAGAUCGUCAUCAAAAACGACACCCACUGACCCCCCAACCCCCCCGGGACCCCCAAACCCGCCCCACGCCCACCCCCCGCGCCCCAAAAAACCCCAAAAUCCACCCCCGCGCCCCAAAAAACCCCAAAAACCCCCCCGGAAUCCCAAAAAACCUCCCCGGAAUCCCAAAAAAAAAAACCCCCCACCCGGCAGCCCCUCCCCCCCACCCCCGCGCUCGGUUUUUGCCCCUCCCCCCCCCCAAUCAUGACCGUGUGACCCCUCCCCCACCCCCACGUGGUCUCGGGGGGCUCCGAGACCCCCCCAAAAUUCACCCGCCCCUCCCCCCCACGCUCUCGGCCCGCUGGGCGCCGGCCCCGCCCCUCCCCCACCCCCCUAAAAUUUUGGGAAUUUCCCCCCACUAAAUAUUGCCCCUCCCCCCCUCCCAAAAAAAAGGGGAUUUGGGGUUCCCCCUCCCCUCCCCCCGCGGCCCUCGGGGGGGUUUUGGGGUUUGGGGGAGGGGAUUUUGGGGGGUUUUGGGACCCCUCCCCCACCCCCAUUUUGCCCCUCCCCCCACCAUCCCCCUCCCCCUCUCCCCGCGGGGUUUUGGGAAUUUUUUUUUUUUUUUUUUUUUUUUUUAAACUCUCUCGGGAUUGCAAAAAAAAAAAAAAGAAAAAAAAAAACCAAAAAAAAAUAUUCCAGGAUGAAAAAAAAAAACCAAAAAAAAAAAAAAAAAAAAAAGCAAAGAGGAAAAGAAAUAAAAAUAGGGAUUUGUUUUUUUUA